UUUUUUGUCGCCAACACUGGAAGUUUUUAUGCAAAGCAGGACGACCUUCUUUCGGCUGUCCAGUCAUGCUCAGCCGACGUUAUCAUUUGAACAGAAACUUGGCUCACAGAUGAUAUCUCGAACUCGGAACUGACCAUACACCCCUCACAUUUUAUUUUUUGUGAUGACAGAGCAGGCCGAAAGGGAGGAGGUGUACUUGUUGCAGUCAAAAAGACAUAGCGCAUUGAUCGUUCUGAUACUGUUCGAACCUUUGAAGCCGUUUGGGUUAGAUUAAAAAUGCCUACCAUGUUCAUCAUUGUAGAGGCUUGUUUUAAGCCCCCAAGUGUUAUGGAUUUUGCUCCGCUACUUCAUGAUUUUCUGGAGUCUCUUAUUCGUUUAUACCCAAAUGAUGUGCUUGUUAUUUCUGGCGGUUUCAAUUACCCUAAAAUUAAGGGGUAAUCGUGGCAGAACCUUUCAAAACAGUCUCGCGAUUUUGUUGACGUUAUAUACUCUUUUGCACUUUCUCAAAUUGUUAUUAAACCCAGUCGUGGUGACGCGAUGCGACCUUUUUUUAUUUUAAAACCCGAUCUAGUUGCAAAUACUGUGUAUAUGGAACCAAUAAGUGAUCACAUAUCGAUUAAUGUUGAACUUUUCAUUCAAUCAUGUGAGCAAUCUCUUCGGGCAAAAGCUAUUUCGAGUUACGCUAGGGCAAACCUCGGCGCUUUUAACCAACACUUUUCGCUAUCUUCAGCUUGGUUUUUAGAUGAAUUUGACUCUAGGUCUCUGAAUGAAAACUGGCUUUCUAAGUGUAAAUUGCGUGAGUUGUGUGACAAAUGGAUUCCGAAACUAACCAUUCACACGUCGUUUUCGAACCCGUGGUUUGCAACAGGUUUGAAGAGGUUGGUAAAUAAAAAUAAUAGGCUUUUUCGUGCCGCAAAGGCGUCUCAGGCUGCUAUUUCCUGGUUAAAAUAGAAGGAGUGUUAUUUAACUUGCAAAUAUAAAAUAAAAAAAGCGAAAGAUAAGUUCUUUAAUUAUGAUCUUUGGAAUAUACUGAAAACAAACCCCAAAAAGUUUUGGUCCGCUGUGAAUCCAAAGCAGGUAAAGGACUCGGUCAGCUUUAUUGACGCCUCUGGAAAAAGUUUACAAACCGCAAAGACUUGUGAGCUGUUUUGCACUUUCUUUAGUGAAGUGUUCACUGAAGAAUUUUUUCCAUUACCCUCUUACUGCCCAGAAUAUCUUAUAACCACCCAAAUGGAUGAGAUCAUUGUGACAAAUGACGGAAUUUCAAAAUGAAUAUCAAAUCUACCAUCUAACUCGGCUCCCGGUCCUGACCUUAUAACUACAAAGUUGCUAUAGAUUACAAGUGACAUAUCUAGUGUACUCUUUUCCCGCAUAUUUCAAAAAUCCCUUGACUUCGUUGUUGUUCCGGCCAUGUCGACAGUGGGCGGCUCAUUGGACGCACUGAGCACAAUGGCGCUCAACAAUACCACAAGCAUCCUCCCGGACCAUGGCGACGCCCGGACCUGCGCUGUCCGGUCUGGCGCUCUCAUGCAUCCAGACCCCGAUGACACGAUGGCCCUGCGGCUCUUGGACAUGCUCAACACCUUUUACAUGCCCGUGGUCAUCUACCUUGGCCUCGUAGGCAACCUCCUGUCCCUGGUGACGUUCCUUUUCACGCACCUAAAGUCCCGCACAUCCAGCCUCUAUAUGGGAUCGCUGGCCAUAUCCGACGCCGGUUUCCUCUUCGUGCUAUCCUUCGCUUGGCUCCAGGAGCGAGGAGUCAAUGUGAACGGGCAGGGCUGGUGCCAGAUCCUCGUCUUCCUGUCGUCAGCCUUCAGCUGCUGCUCGGUCUGGCUGACGGUGGGCUUCACGGCAGAACGCUUCGUGGCCGUCCGAUACCCGAUGUGGAGGUUUCAGUUGGGCGUCACCAAGUUCCGCCCCAAGACCGCCAUCAUAGCGACCGCCGUGUGCAGCUUCGCCUUCAACGCCCACCUCCUAGUCUUCGUCGGUGUGCGGCAGGUGCAAGGAGGCUUCCAAGAAUGCGGACUCAAUCCGGAGUACGAGGAGUAA